CACCAAGAGGAAGCCACCGCCACCUCCGCCUGCGUGCCCGCUCCCACCCGCGCCCGCCGCGCUCGCCGGUGCCCCAGCCCCGGCCAAGGUUUGUGUCGCUACUCGCUAGACUAGAAUUCCGCGCGGACCUUUGCCGGCGGAGCCGUUCUACGGCAUCUCGGCGGGGACAACCAUGCGAAUUUCCUUGGCGUCGACGUUGACGCCACCUGCGCCACCACCGGUGAAGGCCUGCAGGCCGCUGACCUCCGAGACAGGGGAGGCGCCCGAGCUCCACAACGGUCACGGGCCUCGACGACUGGACUAAGGCCGAGCGCUCGUCGAAGUUGGACUGCCGCUGCGUCGGCCCCCGCGAUGAGUGCAUCGAGUACAGCUCGGCGGCGCCGAAGCUCGAGGCGCGCGCGCCACUCGCCGGCGUGGGCGGCGCGCCGUCGACCAUGGCGAAGAAGUCGGUGUGGUUGAAGUUGGAGCCCUGCGGGCUGUGCUGCCGCGACGAGCUCAUCGAGUAUAUCUCCGCGCCCGUCAGGUUGGACGGCAGCGGCGUCGCCAUCAGCAGCAACCGAUGCGACGCCGACAACAAGCGCACCGUGACGUGGAGCCUGCCGUCCUCCGCCACCUCGGCCUCCAUCUCGGCGCGCCCGCCCUACAGCGGCAACUCGUUCGGGUCCACGUGCAGCGACGCGAUGGCCGCCAUGGUGUCUAGGAACUGGUCCGCGAUGAGCGUCCGUGCGGCGCGGAACUUGAAGAGGAACAACAGCAGUGUGUACCAGAUGAUGCACUGGAGGGCAGGCGCGAGCACGCGGCCAGCCCCGCGAGGACGACUAGCUUCUACAGCGUGUCCGCUGCCAGGAACCGAAGGUUCAUGGCGUACGGGUCAUUGGUGGAGAUGAAGUGGAAGGAUUUGAAUCAAGGUUCAUUUAUUUUCAGGCGUGGAAAGUAUUGCAGAUAGAUGUCUCUAAUUUAACGAGCUCAAGUGCUAUGUUGUCAAUUGACCCCGAGAUGGUCCUUUGCAGUGAUGGCACAGAGGCUGUGGUCAGAGUAUGUUCAGAAAUCGCCAGAGAGAAUGUUAUCCAAAGGAAAUAUUUAGAUUGGCCAUAGCUUACAUAGAGAUUUAUGCGGUAAGGUGUGGUUUGUAUUUUUUGUCUGACCUAUCUGAUGUGUCAAUCAGAUGUGUACUUUGUGUUUAGUUGAACAUGUUUCUUAACUGUUUUUAGUACUGAAAGGGAAUUAGGCUUACACCUUUUUCCUAAUUAA